AUGUGGUUCAUGGGCCCAGCCGCAGUGGUGGCCUUUUGUGCCGGACUUUGGGUGUCUAACCCGAGGACGGCGAUGGGCCAGGAGGCCGGGGAACGGCCAGGGGCCGACUGUGAAGUUUGUAAGGAAUUCUUGAACCGAUUCUAUAAUUCCUUGAUAGCCAGAGGAGUCAACUUUUCCCUGGACACCAUAGAAAAGGAAUUGGUCAGCUUUUGCUUGGAUGUCAAAGGAAAAGAAAACCGCUUGUGCUAUUAUCUAGGUGCAACGAAGGAUGCAGCCACGAAGAUCCUCAGUGAAGUCGCUCGCCCAAUGAGUGUGCAUAUGCCGGCGGCUAAGAUUUGCGAGAAGCUCAAGAAGAUGGACAGCCAGAUCUGUGAACUGAAAUAUGAAAAGAAAUUGGACCUGGCAUCAGUGGACCUGUCAAAGAUGAGAGUAGCAGAGCUGAAACAGAUAUUACACAGCUGGGGAGAGGAGUGCAGAGCCUGUGCGGAGAAAACCGACUACGUGAAUCUCAUCACUGAACUGGCACCCAAGUAUGCAGCAGCCGACCCCAAAACAGAGCUCUGACCCUCCAAUGCUGGUGCGCCAUUAAUGAAAGACACAGUGACUCUCCAGGAAAAUGACUUGUUGGUUAAGAGUAACUGGGAGUUGCGCUGUAUGUGGUCUCAUUAUUUUUGCUUUAAGAAAAAAACCAACCAAGAAUUGAUUACUUGGAUUUACAAUGAAAACUGCUGAUAUUCGUGUCUUACAUUUGCAGUGUACCCAAACCUAACAGUGCCUUUCUCAUAAUUUUUGUAAGGAUCACAUAUAUUGUCUUAAUCCAUGUCCUUAAAAUCAAGAAAUGUGAACUACUGAGAAAUUGAUGGAGUAAGUCAAUUCAAAGAAGGAAGACAGUGCUCAGAGGCCCCUCUCUGUGCACUAAUUUUUAAUUAAAUAUAUUGAUUUAGGAAAAAAGAGACAAUGUUUUGUCUACCUAACUCCCACCUUCAAUCCAAAAGAAUAACACGGCAUAAUCAAAGGUUUUAAAAAGUAAACUUUGUACUUUC